UUGAGGGAUGCGAAUGUGGAAGCAGUAGUGGAGACACUGAUCCAUCGAACGAUCAGUUUUGAAUGUCCGAUAGCGACAACUUCAGAUGCGGACAUUUCGUGGACCAAAGAUGAUGUACCGCUAUUUCCUGGACUUGACGACCAUAUACAGAUUCUGAAUGCUGGACGACAGCUGGUGAUCUCAGGUGUUCAGCGUUACGAUCAGGCAAUAUACACAUGCGUGGCUCGUAACAAAGCUGGCGAAGCGUACAAAAAUUACAAGCUCGUCGUGCUGGUACCACCGGCGAUCGUUGGCACCGGAGGGCAGUUUAAAGUAAUUGAAAAUAACUCGCUUAUUUUGCCAUGUGAGGUUGAAGGUCAACCUUUUCCAGCAAUCACGUGGACAAAGGAUGGCAAGCCGGCACUGCAGCUGCGCUCGGUGCAAGCGCUUUCAGAAGGGCAACAACUGAAAAUUGUGAGUGCUGCGCGACAACAUCGCGGAUCGUACAUGUGCUCGGCGGAAAAUAAAGUUGGAAAAGCUGAAAUCACUUUUGACGUCGAUGUGAUCAGUAAGUUUCAGCGUAUGUGCUUCAUCUAA